AUGAACGCACCAAAUAGAUCAGAAUUGUUUAUUGUUCCAGAUGAAGAGCCUAAAGUCAGCGUCGUCGACGAUUCGCGCAUCCCUUCGACCAGCACUAUCACCUUAAAUAGGCAAGACCACACCAUCGCUAAUCUCAUCUCCAAUGAAAUGACAAAGAACAAGGACGUGAUAUUUUCUGGUUAUAGAGUGCCCCAUCCACUCAAUCCACGUUCAGAGUGCUGCGACGACUUUGUUGGCUGA